UCUUUGCCACCCGAAUGAUUUUCCCUUGUCAAUUGGCAGUUCGUUCCACAGGAGACAAGUGCUUUUUUUGUUGUUUACCCCAAGUUUGAAUUAAUCAAUGUUUAUUUUGGAAAAUUAAUUUCGGUGAUGGUGAUUUUUCCUUUAACCGUUGCUGAUUUUGCAAGGUGAGGAGCUCUGGCGAUUUUGGUGGCGAUCCAACGACACGGGAAACAAUGGACAAAUUAUUAGAGAUACCCCCGGAGAAAUGGCCCCAGCUGCGUGACUUGUAUGUGGAUCACAAAAAUCGGGCAUCAUGCUACAGCACGCUGCAGUCGUUUAUCCAUUGGAUCACUCAAGAACCGGAAUUGCCGUUGCGGAUUUAUUCCCUCAACGAUGAAUGGCAAACCAAUGGAACUUAUGUGGCCCAUUUAAGUGCCUACAAACAGUUAUUCUGUAAUACCCUGAAGGAUAAUUUAGACGACCUGAUUGUCAUAUUGAACUGUUUUGACAAUGAAAAUAUUGUUGCCGGCUUUGAGGAACGCCUCAUACCGGCCGUAGACAAACACUUCCUUGACUCAGGUUUGAGUCGGGAACAGUUUGAGAAAUAUUGCACCAUUUGGUACCACAUUCCUAGAGAAGAAGCCUUAAAGUUUGACAUUAAGCUACCUGAUAAUAUAACUACCAAAGAUUUAGAUGAAAGUCAUGCCGAACAAGUUAACAAUGUGUGGCCUCACAAAUGUGACGGAUCAGAGAAUUUUGUCAAAAUGCUAAUACGGCUGCACAAAAGUGUGGGUCUCUUUGAGGGCGACAAUCUGGUGGCUUGGUGUUUGAGACGACCCUUGGGAUCACUUGGCCUACUUCAGGUCGAGAACACUCACCAACGCAAAGGCUUUGGUUCGCUGGCUGUGAGAUUGAUGGCAAAGUUCUUGGCCGAAAACGAUUUGGAAGUAACGGCCACUGUCGUGGAUGGAAAUGUUGCUUCGAGCGCCAUGUUUGAAAAGUUGGGCUUCAAACAAAUCGACAAAAUCUACUGGCAAUACAAGAUCUAAAAGUAUUAACAGGAAUAACAGAAACUCAUGUGAUAAAAAGUAGCGAAAUUGACAACCUAUAUACUCAUACUCAUACAAACAAAACCGACAGACAAACAAACAAAGAGACAUACAUACAUACAAGUGUAUAUCAAGAAUAUUUAUGUUUACUUUCAACUAUAUCUCUCUAUCUAUCUAUCUACCUACCUAUCUAUCACUGUACAGUGUUAAGAACUAUAUUUGUAAGUCGCAAGUGAAACCCGAUGGGAAAGAGUUUUCUUUUAUCAGAGCUAACUUGUUUCGAUCUUAUGGACCUAGAAUAGUUAUAUUUAUUAAAUAUACAUUAGUAAAUUUAGACCUAGUUAAUUAUGUUAACGAGUGAACGAGGAUAGAAAAAUAUAUAUACAUACAUACAUACAUAGACAUUAACUUUAGUAUUAAUUAGCACGAGCACCUAGGUGUCUGUCGUGGUGUAUCUAAAUUAUAUCUUGAAGCAAUAUAUGUAGUGUUCAUACAAGAUUGUGGAAUAAAGUUCCAGACAGUUUGAAUGUACUUAUGUUCAGACCUGUUCUAAAUACCUACAACGGA